UAUACCUGUGGCUGUAGGCCCCCAAGUCUUGAAGUUAUUUUCUUAGCCAUCACCACUGCUGCAACCAAAUGCCUUAGACUGGAAAAGCCAACAACCAGGAUUUCUUUCUCAUAGUUCUGAGGAUUGGCGAGUCCAAGAUCAAGAGGCAGGCAGGUCCUGGUCUUUUAGGAACCCUCGUGUUGUUGACACCUCACACAUCAGAAGAGGCCAGGGAACUCUCUGGGUCUCUUUUAUAAGGUCACAAAUCCUACUCAUGCUUCCCACACCAACUCCAACCCACAUUCUCUGGUUCUAUCAAAACCAGACCUGAGGUGGCUUUCUCAACUUCCUGUUCCUUCAGCUCCCAACACUCCUUGGUAACCUGAUCUUGCCCAACAUAGAAAAGCUGAGACUCGCGGCGGCAUUGCAGGCCUCCUAACUAUGACUUAGGACACCAGCCACGCCUUUAGCCACACCCUGAUCCAGGGUCCAACCCCAAGGAAGCUUUCAGCUUUCCCGAGGGCCUUCUCCACUGCCUGGCCUAAAAGCCCCAGCCUGAUUGGCUGUCGUUCCCCAAGCAAAGCCUGCACUCGUGUCUCUCAUUCCGCUCAUGGACCCUGCAGUCAUUGGUGGUCUGGGAUGAGACCCUCCUGCCGAACCACGUGAGUGGACGAAAGCAAAGAUCCAUGGCCACCUCCAAUAAGGUGGAACUGGCGGAAGCCCUGGCCCUGGGCUCCCCCUGGCGACAUCUUUGUUACGUGAUGCUGUAUGCGCCCAAUCCAAAGGGGCUCUUUGGGGGCCGCAUCCCACUCCGCUAUGCUGUGCUGAUGUACAUGCGCUUUGAUGGGCGACUGGGCUUCCCUGGUGGUUUUGUGGAUGAUCACAGCCCCAGCCUAGAAGACGGGCUGGCUAAGGAACUGCAGAAGAGGCUGGGUGAGGGUGUGUCCAGUUUCCGCGUGGAACACACUGACUACCGAAGCUCCCUCAGAGAUGCCAAAUCAAACGUGGUGGCCCACUUCUACGUCAAGUGUCUGACCCUAGAGCAGCUCCAGGAUGUGGAAGCCAAGGCACCUCUAGCCAAGGACUAUGGGCUGGAGGUCUUGGGCCUGGUGCGCGUACCCCUGUAUACCUUGCAUGACGGUGUGGGAGGCUUGCCUGCCUUCCUAGGGAAUUCCUUCAUUGGUGCUUCCAGGAAUCAGCUACUGGAAACCCUCCAGGACAUGGGGAUUCUGACCCCUGAGACUGUCUCAAUCCUCAAGGAACGAAUUUUGCUCCAUGGAAGCAGAUCUUAGGACUGACUGACUUCUGAGAUGGGGACGUCGGGUGGCAGGAGGGCUGGGGAGAGCGUUUUCCAGGCCCGAGAGAUGACUGCUAAUACCAGAAUAAAAGGCAGACAUGCUAUGCAGUGUGUUUUGAACAGAGGACCUUGCCCUAUAGCAUUAGCGACAAAAACCCAAAGCCAUUUGCAGGGCCUGGCCAUUUUGAGUCCCUCCCUAUACAUGUGAACACAGACCCAGGGAGCCCUAGACAUGUGCAGUCUGUGACGACACAUGGCCUGGCACACCCCUCCUCAUGUCCCCUUUAACCAGGAACCGUAGUCCUCUCCCCUUCUUGCUAAGCAGGGGAGAGUCCUUCCCUUUCCUGUAAGGCCGUCUUCUAGUAUCCAGCUCCAUGUUCCCUGGAGGAGCAGAGGCAGGGGAUUUCUCCUAGAAAAUGGCUUCACCUGAGACUCAAUCAGACCCACAGGUUCCAUAAAGUUCGGGGAGGCCUUAACCAGCUCCAGACCCUCCCUUUCUUCCCCCUCAACUGAACAUAAAGCGUCAGAAGGUGAAGAUGGCUCCUUGGCCUGACCUUGGUUGGACCUAAGAGCGCUGAGUGUUUUGUCCUCUCUGGAGAGAAAAUUCAGAAGGGAAUUGACCCAGCCUGUCUUGCCUGCCCUGCCAAAAAGAGCCUUCUAGGAAAAGAAGCUGUGAACGAGGCUUCUGGGCGCUUCAGCUUUCUCUACUGGUGCUUGCGACCUGGUCUAGUAAAAACUCAGACACUCAGCCUUGCUGCUAAAGACUCCACAGUGUGGUCAGCAAACUUUUACUUAAGGGCCAGACGAUGACUCCUGAGGCUCUGGGGAUCACACAUUUCCCCAAAUAUAUUUGUAGCUGACAGGCAGGGUGUUUUAAAAGACAAUAUAUAUUUUCGUGUACAGCAUGGUUAAAGUUUGUGUGACUGAAGUGUGUCAAUGAACACAUUUCUUCAAUUCUUGGUAUAGUCUUGUGUGUAUUGUAUCUGAUGGGCAACCUAGAAAUUCCCACCGUAAUGGUACUGAGGGAUGGUGCAUUUUGUCCUAAAGAGGGAUUCGUGCAGUUCUCCUGGACCAUGAAGGGUUACCACAGCGUGAGUUGGUAUAAAGUGAAGACACUUCUAGAAGCAUGUGUCUCUUCCUGGCAUGAUUGCUUGCCCCAUUGCUUCCUGGCAUGUGCUGAUGCAGCAGGAACUACUAACCUGGGGCUGAGCAGAAAUGGGGUGCCAUUCCUUCUGGACUUCACAAUCUCUAGAGCCAUGGGCCCAAAACAGACUUCUUUAGGUUACCCUGUAUUCUGUAUCAACAACAGGAAGUAGA